AUGGAAAAAAAACGCUCACGCGACGUCACAAAUGCAGAAUUGGACUCAUUGUUAGUACAAUUCCAAGAAUAUAUUGCUGCAAAUAAGGACAGUUUGGCAUCUUCAGUAAGUGAAAAUGGAGGAAGCGAAUUAACUGAAAACUCGAGAUCAUCCUCGAAGAGAAGACGUCAGCUUGCAGAGUUAAAGGUGGAUCAGACAAGAAAACGUCACGAGCUGCAGAGAAAAAUGCAAGAGUUGAAUAAUCAACAGGCAGAGUUGCAGCGAGAACUUGAACUGCAAUCAGUUCAAGACCAGUUAGCGAGGUCCGAGUUGGAUGAUGAAAGUGACUCUGGUUCGAGCCCGAGCGAACGCGUUCGAAAAUCCGUGUUGCCUGAAAAGACAUUAAGAUCACAGGAAAGAGUGCAGGAGUACGUUGAUCAAAUCACACAGACAAAGCUUACUACAGAGACGGAGCCACUUGUACAAGGACCUAUUUGUGAUGCACAAUUUUUCCAAGGACUUAAAGCAAUGACCGUUAGCGCGCAGGAGAGUCUCAACCUGCCAAAACCCGAACUGUUUACAUUUAAUAGAAAUCCGGCGGAUUUUAGUCAAUUCAUCUGUAAUUUUGAGACAAAUAUAGAAUCAAGGAUAAAUGACAAUAGGUUAAAACUAAGCUAUUUAAUUCAGUUUUGUCAAGGUGACGCUAAGCGUAGUAUUGAGGAUUGUGUUGUGUUGCCGACCGAGGAGGGAUUUGAACGAGCGAAACCGAUAUUAAAAUCUAGGUAUGGUCAGCCACAUUUAGUUGCAAGAUCACAUGUUUAG